AUGAAGGACAUCAGUAUGGAAGCCGCGGGUAUCAUGUCCACAGCCAUCUCCGACCCUUUCCCACUUUUCACUGAAGAGGCAAUCAGGCAGAUGAGGGCUGAGGUAUUCAGCCGCAAAAUGCUGGAGAAGCAUCAGGUUGGUUUAGAUAUGGCAACUAAUAUGAUUCGAGGAUACUGCCCUGAAAACACUUCUUUCGUGUAUGAUGCUUGGGAUAGCCCCGUAGUUUUGGGAGUACUCUCCAAGGUAGCCGGAAUCCACCUGGUUCCUGCCAUGGAUGUAGACGUUGGACAUGUCAAUAUCCUGAAGCUCGCUUUUGACUGGUAUUCUGACAACUACACGUUUGUCUGUGUCACCAUGCUGCUAGGUUGUGCUGGGAUGGUCGGCAGCGAGACAGCUAUCCGCACAGGCACCGGUGAAGUUUUGAAAUUCCGUGGGCUCGCCAUGGGCACGGCUAUCAUCAUGCAGGGGCGGUAUAUCGAACAUCAAGCCCUCAAGGCCUUUGGCGGUCGAGAACGUACCAGCAUGGGCACAGUAUUGAGGCCAAAAUCGCCGUUUGUUUACGACGACGAAACUACCAUAAAACCUCUAUUACCCUCCACCCAUAAGAACACGCUCUACUAUCAGUACGCAGAGUAUCGGCUGGAGAACCUGGAGGAGCGAGUACGUCGCCAGUUGAAGGUGAUCCGGCAGCAGAAGAAGACACAUCGUGACUUUGAUAUUGCUGCGACACGGGAGUUUCUUCUAGAACGAAAGAGCGUAUAUUGA